GGCCCGUCGUACAAGUUUUACCCCAACCACAAACCGAUGGAGUGAAUGUUGACACGAGUGUUUAGUACAGCACGGACAGGACUUGAGAAGAUGUUGCAGUUUCCAGCAGCUGAAAGAAAUAAGGGACCUAUCCUUGAGGUACUGCAGCAAGCCCUACCCCAUGACACUGAAGGACUAGCGCUUGAGGUAGCCUCAGGAAGUGGUGCCCAUGUGACACACUUCGCUCAACACUUUCCUCACAUCACAUGGCUACCCAGCGAAAUUGAGGACAGGAACCUCAAAAGUAUUUCUGCAUUUACACAACAUGCCAAGGUGUCAAAUGUGAAGGAACCGGUACUCCUUGAUGUGACGACAGACCCCAAGGGUUGGGGAGGUGGCUUAGGGCAAGCGUCACUUAAAGUCAUCCUCAAUGCCAACAUGAUCCAUAUUUCACCCUGGGAGACAGCUUUGGGCCUGUUUGUUGGAGCUAAUUAUCUUCUACAGCCGGGAGGAUAUCUAUUUUUAUAUGGUCCAUUUGCUGUUCAUGGAAGUUUGACCCCAGAGAGUAAUGUGAAAUUUGACCAGUAUUUAAGAUCACAGGACUGUAGAUGGGGAGUGAGAGAUGUGGACGAUGUAGAGAAGCUGGCGAAAACAAACCGACUGAAGAUACAUAAAAUUGUGGAUAUGCCAGCAAACAAUAAGAUGUUGAUAUUCCUGAAGGAAAGCUGAUAAUGUGAUAAUUUUAGGCGUGGUUGAUCUGUGUAUUGUUGUAAUGAUUUUACAGUAAAUGUGCUUUAUAUUCAAA